GGGCGGCCGUGCUGGCGGAUCCGCGGCCCCGGAAGGUCGCGCCAUCGGCGGGGCCCGAAGGAAGGGAGGCCGCGAGGCCCGGCGGGUGGAGGCUCGGAGUUGGCAGAUCCGGCGCUGGCCCGAGGUAAGAGGGAGGCUUCGCUCCCCCACGCCCUGCGCCGCCGGCCUGGGACCCAACUUCAGCUCCGCACCCGGGUCCCGACGGGGGAGCGCGCGGACGGGGCCGCAGGUCCGCGCCCCCCGCACCCCGGGACGCCCCUGGCUUCGGAUCGGGCCUGCGCCCCUUGCCAGGCGCCUGGCUCCGGCACGUGCACGCUCGCAGGAGGCGCCGCGGACGCCACGGGCGGCCCGGGAGCGGCUGCGGUGCCCGUUUCACAGAUGAGGCCCCGAGACGCCCAGUGACCUCCCCGAGGCUGCACAGCGCGGAGCGCCCGGGACCCCUGCGCUCCCCCACCGUGAGUGGGGGCCAAGGGACGCUGCACCCCGCCCCCCCCACAGAGCUAGAGCCGCCUGGCCCGGUGAAAGGAAAGCCCAGGGUGAGGGUCAGGCCCUGGGGCCGAUGGCUAGCAGAUGGCUGGACCCGCUGGGGAUGAAGGCAGCAUCUGGUACAGGAGACCUGUCAACAAGCGUCCACAUUGGUUCCCAGUUUCCAGGCUCAGGUGUGAACCAGACCCCCAUGGCAGAUUGUCGCGCUGUGUGCGCGCUGAACGUGUCCGAGCGCUGCGGGUUCAUCCGGACCAACCCCGACUGCCGCACGGAGGGCGGCUACCUGGACUACUUGGAAGGCCUCUUCUGCCACUUCCCUCCAGGCCUCCUCCCUCUGGCUGUCACCCUCCACGUGCUCUGGCUUCUCUACCUGUUCCUCAUCCUGGGAGUGACGGCGGCGAAGUUUUUCUGUCCUAACCUGUCGGCCAUUUCCACCACCCUCAAGCUGUCCCACAACGUGGCAGGUGUAACUUUCCUGGCGUUCGGGAAUGGCGCCCCCGAUGUCUUCAGUGCCCUGGUGGCCUUCGCAGACCCGCGCACUGCCAGCCUGGCCAUCGGCGCGCUCUUUGGUGCAGGGGUGCUGGUCACCACCGUGGUGGCCGGGGGCAUCACCAUCCUGCGCCCCUUCACGGCCGCGUCCAGGCCGUUCCUCAGGGACAUCACCUUCUACAUGGCAGCCGUAUUCCUGACCUUCACCGCGCUCUACCACGGCAGGGUCACGCUGCUGUGGGCCCUGGGCUACCUGGGCCUCUACGUGUUCUACGUGCUCACUGUGAUCCUCUGCACCUGGAUUUAUCAACGGCAGCGGAGAAGGUCCCUGGCCUACUCCAUGCCAGGAACUCCCGAACUGUCAGAUUCAGAGGAUGAUCGGGUGUCAUCCAACACCAACAGUUACGACUAUGGUGAAGAGUACCGGCCGCUGUUCACGUACCAGAAUAGCACGGCCCAGGUCCUGGCGGAGGCCCUGAGCCCGCUGGACUCUCAGAAGUGGAGAAGCCAGUCAGUGUCCUGGAGACUGCUCAAGGUGCUCAAGCUGCCCGUGGAGGUCCUCCUGCUCCUCACCGUGCCCGUAGUGGACCCGGACAGAGAUGACCGGAACUGGAAACGGCCCCUCAACUGUCUGCAGCUGGUCAUCAGCCCCCUGGUCCUGGUCCUGACCCUGCAGUCCGGAGCCUACGCUGUGUAUGAGAUCGGCGGGCUCGUCCCCAUCUGGGCCGUGGUGGUGAUUGUGGGCACAGGCUUGGCCACAGUGACCUUCUUUGCCACUUCCAACAGUGAGCCCCCCAGACUGCACUGGCUCUUUGCUUUCCUGGGCUUCCUGACCAGCGCCCUGUGGAUCAACGCGGCGGCCACGGAGGUGGUGAAUGUGCUGCGCUCCCUGGGCGUGGUCUUCCGGCUGAGCAACACCGUGCUGGGUCUCACGCUGCUGGCCUGGGGGAACAGCAUUGGAGAUGCGUUUUCGGACUUCACCCUAGCCCGCCAGGGCUACCCUCGGAUGGCAUUCUCGGCCUGUUUUGGUGGCAUCAACUUCAACAUCCUGGUGGGAGUCGGGCUGGGCUGCCUGCUGCAGAUCGCCCGGGGCCACACGGAGGUGAAGCUGGAGCCGGACGGACUGCUGGUGUGGGUGCUGGCCGGCGCCCUGGGGCUCAGCCUCGUCCUCUCCCUGGUCUCUGUCCCGCUGCAAUGCUUCCAGCUCAGCAAGGGCUACGGCUGCUGCCUGCUCCUCUUCUACAGCAGCUUCCUGGUCGUGGCCCUCCUCACUGAGUUCGGGGUGAUUCAUCUGAAGGGCGUGUGACCGAUGCUGCCUGGAGGUGUGCAGGGGGCACAGACUCCUGGGGUAGCUAGAUGGGGUGACCGUGUACCUCGGCUGAGCCCUGGAAGCCGGGGCCCUGGAGACCGGCUCUGCCGGGGAUGUGGAGUGAUGGCAGAGCCCUCGGCACCCCAGGGCAGCCCUGCCCGGCCCUCCUCGCUGGGCGAAGGGCUGAUAGUGAGCCACUGAGCUGUCCCAUAUUGAGGGUCCCAGUGGCCACGUCUUAAGAAACCCAAGAUGGAGGUGGAAUGAAUGGCAACCCGUUAUUGAACCCCGGGUGUCCAAAACACUCAGCUGCGCCCCUGCCUCGGGAAUGGCCGCCGCCACGGACAGCGGCUGCGGACCCGGCCCUCUGGACCUGUGCACAGCAGAGCCUACUGGGAAAGGAGAGGCCCCAGGGCCUUCCCAGGGUGGGUGGCCGGGCCUCGAUUUUUAAAGAAGCAGUGUGUUUGCCUUCUGCAGUCAAGGGGUUCGACUGUCCUCCAACCCCCGCAAAUAAAAAAAGAUGCAGUGCUUCAAGUA